UACCUAUUUUUGAAAUGGCGAAUCAGUCACCUUGUGGUAUUAGCUGCAAAGUCGUUGGACAUCGAGCAAAUGCGAUUCCAUGCAGUCUAUGCAGUAUAAAGUUUCACAUUUCGUGCUUUGGUCUGUCUGUAGACCAAUUUCGAGAAACUCAGGGGAUUCGGAACGAAUUUUUGAAGAUCAUUUGUAAACAACGCCAGUCUAAAUUUGGGCGUAAUGGAACCGAUAAGCCUAACAAGCGGAUCAGUAGAGCGAAGUGCUCUAAAACGUCCAGCUCGAUUUGUAAACACCACAGUCAGGGAAGACGCCAGCGCUUGGUACAGCAUCGCAUCAUUCCCUGAAGCAAGAUACUAGCGUUCCGUCAGGCUCGUCCUCAAGGUCUACGAUUUGUUAUGUUGACAGU